AUGGCAUAUCAAAGAACUGAGUAUGCAGACAAAACAAUGUUCAUGAACUCAAUGGCGGACAGAAAACUGAAAAUUCAACUCGACUCCAUAGAUUUCCACAGGGAAUCAAUUGGUAAGGAGAUAGAUCGCGAGAAAAAGAAAAUUCAAAAGGAGCUCGCUGACGCGGAAAACAUAAUGAAGAAUCGAUUGAGUCUCCCAGAUGCGUCAUCGCCAAACGAUGGAGGCAAAAAGCUAAGCCCUCGAUUGCCGCGGCGGUAUAGCACUCCGCAAGUUUUGUUAUCAGCUUCGGCGUCUCCGCGAAAUUCAUCCGACGUUGAUAAACGCUCACCAGCGGCUGUUAGGAGGAGGAUUUCUUCCGAGGGAACAACGGACGUCGAUUUGACAGAACGGACAUCAAUAAGUCCCACUCGUCCGCUUAGUCCGACGGCGUUCUUACUCCCGCCGCUCAGUCAACCGAGAAGGCAGUCUUUACCGCCUAUAGGUGCUGGAGGAUCUCUAGUUGCUGCAGAUACAAGUAAACUCGCUGGAGAAGCGCUUGCAGGAAGCCUGCCAGGAACACGCAGAGGAAGCUGCACCACUGGCAAUAAAUCUUCGCGGACAUCUCUUUCACCAACCUCGCUAAGCCCUAGGGCAUCGCCAAGAAAAGGCAGUGUGGCUAAUGAAAGUGAGCUUGAAGAGGUCGCCAGUAAAGUCAACCGGUUUUUGCAAAGAAUGGAGUUGAGUAAACAAGACGAAACGUCUUCUAGCAUUGACACCAAAGAGGAAGAAGAUUUACCUUGUGAAAAAGAAGGAGAAACUGAAUAUAUUCUUCCUUUGAGUGACCGAACUGUGAAAAAAGCAUCGACUUUUCAGCCUUCUAACUUUGAAUAA